AGUAAGGGGGGGCUCGGUCAGCCAGCGGGUGUUACACACUGGAACCGCAGUAAGAGAACGGCUGAUGUCUAAAGAACUCCAGUAGGUAACAGAAACUAAAUGAAGAUGGGUAACGUACGCCGAGAAAAACGGGAACUUCAGGUACCUGCCCACGAAGGUGAAAAGGAAAUCUGGAAGGGGCGGCGGGGGGAGGAGAUCCUGGAUGCUCGGAAACCUGAUGUGUGUGUGUGUGUGUGACUUGUACCAUAAACACCCGGCUGCUGGUUGGAGCGCUGUGCAAGUCCGGAGGAGCGACCCCCCUUGCACCCGGCGCCGCAAUGAGCACACCUGCUUUGUAACUCUCCUCGAGGUGUAGUUUGAUUCCAGACCCGGUUAGUAAUUUGCAUAUCAUUAUAGUAUCUGCUGUGCCAUCCUCUUCCAUUACUACACUUGCACAGGGGAAGGGUCUUCACCUGGGCAAGGGUCGUCUCGACCUGUGGGUCUGGGUUUUAGCGUUAUGGUGAAGGUGGUUCACUUCAGGACACCUUAAAAGUGAGUCUUGUUGCCAGGCUGGACGGCUGGAUAUCGGCCUGGCCAAGCUGUCCGGUGACACCCUGCACCCAGAGCCCAGGUGAGCUGGUGGUGGUCUAGGGAGUAGGGUCAGUAUGGGCUGUGGCACAGGGGCUUCGGGUAGCACAGGCUCCGAUAACAAGCACCACAGCAACUCAUCCGUGGUUGGUUAACAAGCGCUAACAUAAUUCUAACAGGGAGGUUAACUCCUUAAAUUCAAGAUGGUCCUAUAGCAAACUGUUUCACGAACACAAAAUAUAGAAAGAUUCCGUAAAAAUUUAAGAUAAUCUGCAACACCCUGGAGAAGGUGCCAGGUUGGAAUUGUCUUGUGCUUCUCACCCUGCCCUGGCAGCCACGUGAAGGACAUUGCAAGAGUUCUGCUCCCUGCUUUCUGGGGUGAGAAAACUGACCCAACACUUUUGUACUCGUACAGACUCCAGUGCUCCAUGGAGCCACCCAGGCACAGCUCAACCAGAGGCGGUGCCAGGAAGGACUUCUCUUGGUGGUUCUCACCCUGCCCUGGUAGCCAUGUGAGGGACAUAGCAAAAGUUCUGCUACCUUUUUUCCGUGGGUUAAGAUGGCAGAAUAACCAUGGGAGACUGGAAUUUCCUUGGAGGCAUUUUAGAGGAGGUCCACAUUCAUUCCACUAUUAUUGGAAAGAUUUGGCUAACGAUCCUCUUCAUAUUUCGAAUGCUUGUCCUCGGAGUGGCAACUGAGGAUGUUUGGAACGAUGAACAAUCAGAAUUUAUAUGCAACACUGAGCAACCUGGUUGUAGAAAUGUGUGCUAUGAUGAGGCCUUUCCCAUCUCUCUCAUAAGAUACUGGGUCUUGCAAGUCAUAUUUGUGUCUUCCCCUUCCUUGGUGUAUAUGGGUCAUGCCUUAUACAGACUAAGAGCCUUGGAAAAAGAGAGGCAAAAAAAGAAAGCUCAGCUAAGAGUCGAACUGGAAAGCACCGAAUUAGAAAUUCCGACUGAAUGUCGGAAAAGGCUGGAGAGAGAACUCCGGCAACUGGAUCAAAGAAAGCUAAACAAAGCACCCCUGAGAGGCUCUUUGCUCUGCACUUACGUGAUACAUAUUUUCACAAGAUCUGCUGUGGAAGUUGGCUUCAUGAUUGGGCAGUAUCUUCUUUAUGGCUUUCAUCUAGAUCCCCUUUACAAAUGUCAGAGAGAUCCAUGUCCAAACACAGUUGACUGCUUUGUGUCUAGGCCAACAGAGAAGACAGUGUUCAUAUUAUUCAUGCAAUCCAUAGCAACUGUAUCAUUACUUUUAAAUAUCCUAGAAAUUAUCCACCUAGGAUUCCGAAAAAUUAAAAUGGGACUCUGUGGGCAGAAUAAAAACAAGGAUGACCCUGACAAUUUCUACAUAAACAAGUCUAAGAAAUACUCGGUGAUACCACGCUCCUCUUUAGGAAUAUCCACACCCCCGCAAAAGACUCUUCCUUCUACACUCGGCGGUUAUGCCUUUUUAAUGGAAAAGCAAACUGAUGCUGCUGUCUACCCAGUUCUAAAUUCUCCUCCCAUGUUUCAGUACGUGCAAAAUAACCGUGCAGAAAGAAGCAGCAAUUACACCCAUUGCAAUCAGGAAAAUAAAUCGCCAAAGAAGAGGACAGCUACAAAUGCUUUAGACAAUCAGACUCAAAAUACUAGCAUAAAUAAUAACGAAGACUUGCUUGGGACUGAAGCGCAGGAUAUGCAAAAAGAAGCUGAAAAGAAACAUUUCCUUGUUAUUACUCAGAAUGCAGAUACAGCUUCAAGCACGUGCUUGAGAAGCUCUGCUGAAAUGCCGUCUCAAACUUCACUGCAACACGACACAACUUUUCCUGUUACUGGUUUCCGAAGACAACACGGAAUCAGCUCGUCUUGGAACUGCUCGGCAAUGGCUGAGAAUGCGGGAGCUUCAACAAAUUGUCUUCCAAAGAACAGAAACAGAAGACAAAGCAGUUUCAGUACAACCAAAGCCCAACCACCCUACAAUGCUGACAUAAAAAAUUCUAGCCGACCAGAGACUCCUGACUCUACAGGGGAGGUGAGCUCAGAAUCUAAACAAAGUAGGAACUGCGACAGUCCUAAGCCUUUCCCCCUGUGCAGGCGCCUGUCGCUGUCAAGUAAUGCCAGCAUCAGGCGUGCCCCCACCGACCUUCAAAUAUAGUGGGAAUAUAGCGAAUAUAUGGUGGAACCUGCCAAUUGCACUAGUCACUUCUGGGAUAAUUACUGAAUAUUGCGACAUAAGCAAGACAUGUACGAGAGUAGCUAAAUCAUCAACUUUAACCAGCUGUUUCACAGAGAUAGAAAAGAUAUGUAGCCCUUUGAAUAUUAGCUAAGUCAUUUUAAACAGUCUCUUUGCUUCCUUUGUAAUGAAAGGGUGGCCAGGACCUCAGCGUAUAAACUUGUAUGCCACCUUUCCAGCUACAAAGGCAAACACAUUGUAUAAAUCCACAAUAUGCUAGGAAAAGUGAGGCAUAAAAUCACAGCUGACUAUUUAAACUGCAGAGAAGUAGAAGACAAAAUUUACAGUCUAACAAUAUAUUUUGUGAAGACCAGUAAAUUAAAUUAGGCUAAAGCGGCCACUGGCACUCUCAGGAGAAAUUAAUUAUCGGUAAAUAUGUUUCUGCUUAACCCCUCUGAGAAUUCCAACAGAUAUUUGACAGCUGCCUGAAAGCAGGGUGUCAAACGUAUUCUGCUGUUCGAACUGUGUUAAAUGAAAAAAGAACAAAGCAUUUGAUACUUGUAUCGCUAAUUCUUUGACCCCCAUGGUACACUUUUUUUUUCAGUGUAUCUCCACUGACUUUCUCAGCAGAAAAAAAUCAAAGUGAAUCUCUUAUUGUGUACUGUUACUGUUAAAUACAUUAUUACAUUUUUAAAGCA